AUCUUUUAUCUAUUAGUAACAGACGACUAUGGAAAAUUUUUCUGAUCGAGAAUUUCAAUUAUUUUUGCUAAAAAUUCAAAAUUUAUUGAAAAAACAAAGUACAGAAAUAUUGGCUGAAUUUAAGGAACAUGUAGCAAGUAUUACAGAGGAGGAUACAGAUAAUCUAGACCCUAGACAGUUGAUCAAGCUUUUAAAAGACACACAACUUAUCCUUAAGACUAAUGUUGAAAUACUAAGAGAAAUUUUUAUUGGAAUAAAUCUGGAACAUUUAUAUAAAAAUGUCAUCGCCCAAGUUAAAUCUCCAAGUACUGAAGAACCACCUCCACUAAAAACCUUUCGGAACGCGGCAAAGGAAAUUUUAUGGGAUUAUGUUGAAAGUGAUCCGCAACAAAUACGCCAUGAAACAAUCAAGAAGGAUCAUGAUGUACCUUCAGAAAGGACACAUUUUACUGAAGAGGAAUCAAGUGAGCAUGAAUCAACCGAGAGUACAUCACACUCUAACGAUAUCGUGUUAAGAAAUUAUCAACUUGAAUUGGCCGAAGAAGGAUUAUCUGGUGAAAAUACUAUUAUAUGCGCUCCUACUGGUUCUGGCAAGACCUAUACUGCUGCCCAUAUAUGUUCAGAGAGAUCACGCAAAAUUACAAGUACAAAACAUAACGGCGUAAGAAUUGUAUUUGUUGUUCCAUUAAAAGCUUUGAAAGACCAGCAAAGAAAAGCUUUUCGUGCAUACUUUGAAAAUGUUCAUUCUGUCGGGCCUGAUAACACUCUGAGGGAACUUUUAAAGUCUCCAAAUAAAGCUGCUGUCGUAGUUAUGUUAACCGCUCAGAAUUUAGUUAAUGCUAUAGAAGAACCGAGCAGUUCUAACAGAAAAGUGGCACUAGAGGAAAUAGACAUUUUAGUUAUGGAUGAAUGUCAUCAUACUAAAAAAAACCAUCCUUAUGCUAAAAUUAUGCAUCACUGUAUGCAAAAUACUGUGGCUAACAAGCAGAUUCCUCAGCUGAUUGGACUCUCGGCUUCUCUGGGUGCUGGGAGUAAAGGUGAAGAGUUUGUGACUUCUGAAGAGUCCAUAACUUUCAAUCAUUACGUAAAUUUAUGUGCAUUUUAUCAUGCCCAUAAAAUUUCGUACGUUGUGAACUAUAGACAAGAAAUAGAACAAUUAAUUAAUAAAUCAGAAGAAUUAAUAAAACCUGUACCUGCACGAAAACAAGGAGACUAUAUAUCUGUUCUUCGAGAAAUAAGUGAGAGAAUAAUGAAAGAUGAGGAUGCUCAUUUUGCCGAAAUCGGUUUUGAUAUAACAUCCUCACAAUUUGAAAAUUGGAUUGUUGAUCAAAAAAACAAAGCUAUUUCUAAUGGUGAAGCAGUUACGAAAGAUGCCUGCUUUUAUUUACAACACCUACGAAAGGCAGUAAUGUUUUAUGAAGAUUUUCAAAUAGAGGAUUCUUACUUAUAUUUGAACGAAAUAUUUAGUAAUUGUCAUGAUGUUACAUCACCCAAUCGUACAAAAUGGAUAAGAGUCUUUCAUGAGUAUAUUGACAGAAUAGACAUUGCACGCCAUCAAGAUUUACUUGAAAAUAAUCAACUUGUAGAAAUUCUCAUAAAAGAAAUUAAGGAAAUUUACAAUAAAAAUCCAAAAUCCCAAGGAUUAAUCCUCUGUCGAACUGUCUAUGGAACAAGAGCCCUUCAUAGAAUAAUUACAGAACAGAUGCCUAAUUACAAAGUUUCUCAGAUAUUUGGGACAAAUCAAUGCGACGGAAAGAUUCAGAUGACGGAAAAGUCACAACAACGAAUUUUAAAUUGUUUUCGAGACGGCAAACUACAAAUAUUAGUAGGAACGGAUAUUCUACAAGAAGCCCAUGAUCUACCUGCUUGUAAUUUCGUUAUUCGUUAUAAUUUUGUUAGUAAUGAAAUUGGAUCUGUUCAGGUUGCUCAAGGCAGAGCAAGAGCAAAGGAUAGCCAGUGCGUAUUAAUCGUUCGUGAAGACUCUAAUGAGUUAAUGCGUGAGCAGCGAAAUCGAAUACGUGAAAUUAAAAUGAUUGAAACUUUGGAUGAAAUAAAUAGCGAUCCAAGUCGUAUUCGUAUGUUAGUUGACAAAGCUAUAAAUGAAAAUAUAGAAGAGGAAAUUAGAAGAUCCAGAGUUACGCGUGAAGAUUCUGAAGUUGAUUUAUCAACGUUUGUCUUCUGUUGUGGAUCUUGCGCGAGAGAAUUGUUUACUGCUGAUCAACUAAGAAAGAAUGGUCAACAAUACAUUUGCAUAGAUCCAGAAUUUCCCAGCAAAAUAGAUAUUACUAACUACUCCACUCCUAUGCCAUUUAGUAGGGAUGACCAUGAAGGUAAAUUCUUCUGCAAGGCUGCCGAGUGUUCGGAUCGAAAAGAGAAGAGAGAUAGUUUGGGAACUUUAAUUAGAUAUAAAUGCCCUUAUCCACGUGAAAUAGGAUAUGUCAUGUCUAUAAGAGCUUUAAGUAUGAGGAAAGUAGAUACUGCAAGACCUUCCCCACUGAAAAAAUGGACAAAACUUCUAUUUCCUGAAAAUUGUAUUAUAAGAGAUGAAUAA